AUGAAGCCACCCAGUACCACGUUCCUAGUCUGCCUCUUCCCCAUUCUGGCACCCACUCUUGCCUUCGCUCAUGCUCGCCCCCAUCCCCACCCCCACGCACGCGCUGCAGGAGGCCAUCCAAACCUGGGCGAUGUUGAGAAAUUGAAGUUGAAGCGCCAGCUUCCUGUCCUCAAUGAUACAAUUAUUCCUAUUGAAUCCGAGACAACUACCUCCACGACGUUGUCUACCACGUCACCGCCACCAACGACAACUUCCAAAUCCUCAACCAUCAACCUUGAUGAUAUUCUUUCAUCGAUUGAGUCGGAUGUCCUUGGCGGAGGAGAUACUGUCUCCACGACAAGCUCUGAACCCGCUGUUACUUCCUCCGUAGAGACUACCACCACCAGUAGAGAAACAUCGACAAGCAGGCCACCCACAACAUCGCAACAAGACAAUGGAUCUUCCUCGUCGUUGUCGUCAUCGUCGUCGCUUUCUUCCUCUGCCUCUGCCUCCGUUCCCUCCUCCUCCUCCUCUGCGUCUUCCUCAGCCGAACCCGAAUCCGAGACGACACCGAGCACAGAUCUUACUUUGCCAACCUCGAUUCCAAGCGGAACAGCCACUUCUGGCGUUACCACUGGUCUUAACACGCCCAGUCUUACUGUCCAGCCCCCAAUUCCCGUUGAGACUACCUCGGAAACCUCCUCGGAGGCUGAUACGACAACGUCUGUUGUUUCUUCUUCGUCGACUCGCUCCCAAAUUCCUAUUAUUGAGACUCUAUCGGAUAUUCUUUCAACGCUCUUGAGGCCGGAUCCAACCACAACAUCUUCUAGCACCCAGCAGAGAACUACCAGUGAGGUGGAUCCAUCCGCUACAUCUGCUGGUACUAGAGAAACGUCAGAAAUAAGUUCGGAACAAACCUCUAGUACUCGGGAGACUACCACGACCGCCGAGCCAACUACCACUACUGCUCCGGAGUCAACCACUGAGGCGCCCUCAUCUACCAAGACUGGCUUGGAUGAUAUCCUUUCUAGUAUCCUAUCUGGAAUCGUUUCCGAUGUCACCUCAUCUAUUGAUCUUCCUACCACUCUGCCUCCAAAUGCGACAGAUGUGGUCCCAACCAGUGUCCCAGAUGUCACUAGCGUCAUAACAGAUAUCCCGACUACCACUGACGAUUCAACAUCUGAUCCCACAGAUGAGCCGACAACUGAACCGACAACUGAACCCACCGGUGUACCAACCAGCGAACCGACCAGUGAACCAACCAGUGAACCAACCAGUGAACCGACCAGUGAACCGACCAGCGAGCCUCCAGUUGACACAACCACAGUGGACACUAGUACUCCUACGACGGAACCGCCAGUACAGACGACACCCCCUCCCACAGAUACUAGUGUGAUCCCUUCCACUGAUGUCCCAACAAAUUCAACCAGCGACCCGACAACCGUGAUCACAGACCUCCCACAAACUACUUCUUCGACGGAUCUCCCUUCCUCAGAUAUCACGACCACUGACGGGGUUCCUUCCACUACCGAUGUACCUGUUCCGACAAGCGCUCCUGGAAACUCAACUGUGAUCCCGUCAGAAACUUCAGUAACGUCCGGGGUUAUAGAAACUUCCCAAAGCCUAGAACCAACUGUCACGAGUAUUGACCCAUCUUCCGUUGUGUCAUCGAUCUCUGUGACUGAAACCCCGCCUACCGUGACGUCCGAAACCCAGCUUCCCCCACCCGACCUCGAUACCUCGUCUCUAUGGUUUGGAACCAGCCUUGUGACUCAAGGCACUCCAACUGCAUCUGAUGAGAGCUCCAUUGUCGCUACUCCGACUAGUCUUCCUAGUGGCGUGCCCGAAGCGAUCACACCACCCGGAGGUGUUCCAGAGGAACCCGACAAUUCAACUCUCAUUCAGAUCGGAUUUACCCGCGAGUACAAUUACGCGUUUGUCUCUGGUUCUCUCCAAUCUGCCGCCCAGAUCUGCGACUUUCUUCCGAAGGGUCUUGCUGAUGGACUCGGCGUUUCAAGGGAUCAGAUCCGCAUGCAUACCCUUCAGCCUCUCCAGCCUGAUGGGGUUGAUUAUAUUGUAACCCUUGGGUUGCUUUACAUCCCGCUUAUUCUUGUGGAUAAACUUAGGGUUGAUAUGCAUGUCCCGCUAUCUAAACUCUACAACAACAGGAACCCGACGAUCAAAGCAUUUAUGAACACUAUUGAUCCCUCGAUCCCGUUGUUUCCAGGUCAGGAUAUUGCGCUUUUGCCACCAAGCAAUACCGGCGGCUCGGGAGGCGGUGGUUCGAACGAUCCAUCCUGGGUCAAGGAUGGUGACAACAUCGUGGAUGGCAGCCAAGCCACCAGCACCGCGGGCACAGAUCAGGUCGACGGUGCAGACCCAUACAGUGCCAAGAGUAGCGUUCAAGAUAAAACCACACCGAAGACGGUAACAAUCGGUAUUGCUUCGGUCGGCGCAGCUGCUCUUUACGGUGUCGCCAUGUAUUUCCUUGCUAAACGAUAUCGACGAAAUCGUUUGAGCCAUCGCCGAUCCCAGUCUCUUGCAGGCGGUGGAAUUGAACCACCACCGAUGUCAGAUAUGCGAUCCUCCGGGGCCCUAUCGCCGAUGAUGAGCACUCACUUCUUCAACAAUGGCAGAACCACCCCCACCACUCCCGUCGGAAGCGACAAGCGCGGCAGCAAGGGCAGCAAGACCAGCGCGCGAGGUCAGAUUUCAGCCCCAAUGAUGUCGGAAAAUUCGUUGGGCUGGGACUGA